AUGGCUGCGCCCACAGUCAAGGUGCUGGAAAGUGACACUUUAGGCAAACGAAGUUGCGCGUUUAUUAUCGAAAGGGCAAACAACGCCAUUAAGCAGAAGGGGUUGUUUACCGUUGGACUUUCAGGUGGCAGUGUGUCCAAAUUUCUCUGUAAUGGUCUGCCAAAGUUAGAAACAGAUUGGUCAAAGUGGAGAGUGUUUUUCUGUGAUGAGCGACACGUUCCUCCAACAGACCCUGAGUGUACAUACCAAAUCUACGUGGACAAUUUGCUGUCCAGGGUUCCAAGCCUGAAGAAAGACCAAGUCUAUCCAAUUGACUGGAAUGUAUCAGUGGAAGAAGCCGCAGUAGAUUACAGGAAAAAACUUCGUGAGGUUUUCCCGGAGCCUGAUCUCCCCCGCUUCGAUGUUCUCGUGUUAGGCAUGGGACCAGAUGGGCACACAUGCUCCUUGUUUCCAGGUCACAGCCUGUUACAGGUGACUGAUAUGAUUGCAGCUGCUAUCAGCGACUCGCCCAAACCUCCACCAGGCCGAGUGACCUUGACCUACCCAGUCCUCAACAAUGCAGCCUGUGCAGUGUUUGUGUCCUGUGGGGCAAGUAAGGCAGAAAUUCUAAAGCGAGUUUUAGAGGAAAAGGAAGCAGAGCCACUUCCUGCCGCCAGAGUCCGACCAACCAAUGGGGAUCUUGUGUGGUUCCUGGAUGCUCCAGCCGCAAAACUUUUGAAAGCAGCACUAUGAUUGGCUGUUGAACAACAACUGGAUACAUUUCUUCAUCCUCAUUAAAAUGUUUGUUAACCAUGGCUGAAUUUACAUAACACAAGAGAUUUUAUCUCAUCAUGGUGGUUGUUUGAAGGCCAUCAACAUUCCCGUUAUUAGAUAUUGAUGAGUUACACAAAAUGCUGAUGUGUGUACAGUCUGGUAGAAAUGAGCACAAGGUCGCUGUUAGAAAUGAGCACUGCAUGGCUUAGUGAUUAGAACUAAAUUUAUACACAGACAAAUGCACGCAAACUCACAGAAACCUGACUUGCUAACCAACAGAACUUCUCCAAGUGAAGGUAGUAUACAUUUACGUGUACAUCGGCAUGUAUAAUACUAUACAGCAGGAUGUGAUGUAGUCUGAAAAUGGCGAAUGUUAGCUCACCA